AUGGAGUGCCUAAAAGCUAAGGAAGGGGAGAGCCAUAACCAGCUCCCACUUCCUGAGGAGUCACACAUAGGCACCACCUUCCUUAGAACUUGUUUUAAUGGACUCAAUGCUUUGUCAGGUGUUGGGAUACUCUCAAUUCCCUAUGCACUUUCUCAAGGAGGAUGGCUGAGCUUAAUACUGCUUUUUGUAGUAGCAGUUCUAUGUUGGUAUACAGGAUUACUUCUAAGACGCUGUAUGGAUUCGGACCCACUCAUCAGAAGUUACCCUGAUAUAGGAGAGAAAGCUUUCGGAUGCAAAGGAAGAGCUCUAGUAUCUGUCUUCAUGUAUCUUGAGCUAUACUUGGUGGCAGUUGAGUUUCUGAUACUAGAAGGUGACAAUCUAUACAAAUUGUUUCCAAACGCAGGUUUCGAAGUUGCCGGGCUAUAUAUUGGAGGUAAAACGGGCUUUGUUCUGCUCACUGCCCUUGUCAUCUUGCCAACAACAUGGUUAAAGAGUCUAGGCAUGCUGGCAUAUGUUUCUGCUGGUGGAGUUUCGGCUUCUGUUAUUUUGGUUGGUUGUGUUUGGUGGGUUGGUGCAGUUGAUGGUGUCGGGUUCCAUGAAGAUGGUGUGCUUUUGAAUUGGGGAGGAUUACCUACUACUUUAAGCUUAUUCACUUUCUGUUACUGUGGUCACGCAGUUUUCCCUACGUUGUGCAAUUCCAUGAAAGACAGAAGCCAAUUCUCCAAGGUCUUACUUAUCUGCUUCGUUACAAGCACCAUCACUUAUGGAUCAAUGGCAGUUUUAGGCUACCUCAUGUAUGGAGAAUAUUUGAAGUCUCAAGUGACCUUAAACCUACCAAUCAGAAAAAUGGGUUCAAAAUUGGCAAUAUAUACCACUCUAGUCAAUCCCCUGACGAAGUAUGCGGUUAUUACUGCUCCAAUCGCUACUGCUAUUGAGGAAACUUUUGUUUUCCGCGACAGCAGAUAUCUCAGUAUCCUCGUCAGAACAGUGAUUGUGAUCAGCACAGUGGUUGUGGCACUAACAAUUCCCUUUUUUGGAUACGUGAUGGCUUUUAUAGGUGCAUUUUUGAGCGUCACUGUCUCCAUGUUGUUACCCUGCUUGUGCUACCUCAGGAUUGACAAAUCUGCUCGACGUUUUGGGUUGGAGUUGGUGUUCAUUGUGGGAAUACUGAUAAUCGGGUCUUUUGUGGGUAUAAUAGGUACAUAUACUUCAAUCAAGCAAAUCGUAAAACAUCUCUGAAACUAAAAGAUGGUGCAAUUAAGCUUACUGACAAUAAGAUCGACAGCAGUAACGCUGUUAUUUUGGAAAA